GAAGCGGUAUAUGUUCGAAUUUAUUCAGGCAAACAAAGAUGUCGAUCAAAUUAGCUUUCCUAAUACGUUAGAAUCUGUUUGUGUCCGUCCAUUGUGUGUGUAAGAAACGCUUCCGACAAGUCACAAAGAUGUCUGCGAAGAACGCCAGCUCCAUCCUGGCGUGCAUCAAGCUGCGUCCCUGCGAGCUCGGGCUCACUUCGCUCUGGCAGGUGAAGGAGGGCCGCUCCAUCCAGUUGGCGGACAGCCACGCGGAGCCCUGUGUCUUCGACUAUGUGUUCGACGAGGGCGCCAACAACCAGGAGGUGUUCGACCGGAUGGCCAGGCACAUAGUGCACGCCUGCAUGCAGGGCUUCAACGGAACUAUUUUUGCCUACGGCCAGACGUCGUCGGGCAAGACGUACACCAUGAUGGGCGACGGCCAGAACCCGGGCGUCAUGGUGCUGGCCGCCAAGGAGAUCUUUCAGCAGAUCUCCAGUGAGACGGAGCGGGACUUUCUGCUGCGCGUGGGCUACAUCGAGAUCUACAAUGAGAAGAUCUACGACCUGCUGAACAAGAAGAAUCAGGACCUGAAGAUCCACGAGUCCGGCAACGGGAUUGUGAACGUGAACUGCGAGGAGUGCAUCAUAACCAGCGAGGACGACCUCCUGCGCCUGCUAUGCAUGGGCAACAAGGAGCGCACCGUGGGCGAAACUAACAUGAACGAGCGGUCCAGCCGUUCGCACGCCAUCUUUAGGAUAAUCAUCGAGUCCCGAAAGUCGCACACCAGCGAUGACGACACCGUAGUUCAGAGCGUGCUGAGCCUGGUGGAUCUAGCUGGAUCAGAACAUGUAGACCAGGCGGCUGCCCAAAGUCGCUCAUCCAGCCUUACGAGUUUUUGCAACCUGGUUAGGAGCCUCUCCGAGAACGUAGUCAGCAAGUCGAUUAGCUUUCGCGAUUCGAAAAUCACGCGCAUCAUGCAGCCUUCGCUGGGUGGAAAUGUGUUGACCUCUGUCAUCUGUACAAUUAAGCCAUCGGUCGUGGAGGAUUCGAUAUCCACUAUAAGUUUCGCAACAUGUGCCAAAAAGAUUCGGUGCAAUCCGCAGGUCUGCGAAAUAGACGCUGAAACCACGAUGAUGAGGCGACUGGAUCGCGGGAUCAAAAUGCAGAAGGAAAGACUUGCAGAGGAGGAGCGCAAGAAUGCGAGCCAGCUGGUAUUGCAGUCUCUGGAACGUAGCAUUAAGCGCGACAUGUCGAAGAUCAUUUCCAGCGCCUCGCUUAGCGAACAUCGCCUCCAGAAACGGCGUCGUACUUGGACUUCAUCCGCCUCAGGCUCAGAAGGCGAGACUCCUGUGCCCGCAUUGCCUGUGCCAGAGGAGUCCCGUCUCCCGCGCCCAUCGAAGCUGACCAACCUGCCGAAACCCACGUUUUUCCACAACACCACUCAUUCUCAACGGCGGGAGAUUGCUCCCAAAACCAAGAGCAUUCAUCAGUCGCUUAAGGAGGAUAAUACGGACAGUAGGCCUGGCCGGCCGAAACAGUUGGAAAAAGAGGCGGCGAGCAGUAUUCCUUCAGUAAAACAGAUGCCAAAAAUGUAUAAGGAGUCCGUUCCGAACUGCGAUGCCCUGCAGACCGAGAUCUCAGCUCUUACUGCAUCCAACCAGAGAGCAAAGCAGACGAUCGAGAAGUACGAGGAGCAAAUAGAGAGGCUAAAGGCGACAAUUGAGCGACUGGAGAUGGAGAAACGCGAGGCAGUCAAUCUCGGGGAGCAAUUGGCCAAGUCCAAGCACAUGGAGGAAGAACUUCUCUCUGUGCUCUCCGAGAAGGAAUCGACCAUAGAAAGCCUGCAGCUGUCUCUUGAGGAGCUUUCUCGAGAUGUGUUGCGAAACAGCAAGGAGGAUCACAUGCGAUCCAUGUGCCCCGAGCUCGAGUCCAGCUGCGAGCGGAUUUGCAACAAGUGCCAUGAGUUGGAGCGGCUACUGUCCCUAGCGGAUGCCACGGGUGUGGAGUCGAUCGCUUGCCAGUGCGAUCAGCUGCGAUCGGAAAUUGCUGCCACCCGCAUCAAGUUGGAAAGUAUGCAGUCUGCCUUCAGCCAUGCAAACUGUGAGGUCUCACAGAAGACCACUGAUUGCGAACGCCUCUCCAGACAGAUAACCACGGCCCAGGAUGAUUUUGGACAACUGCAGGAAAAGUACAACAAUCUGGAGCAUAAGUGGAUGACUCAGCAGCUGGCCAUUGAGACCAUGCAGGCUGACUACAAUGGCAUACAGCAAAAGUACCAAAAGCUGCUGGGGGACUACAAAUAUCUGGGAGUCACAUCGGAUGAACAGUGCCAGCAGCUGCAGGAUGAAAAUGCGAAGCUGCAAGCAGAGAUUGGAACUCUGAAGGAGCGGGUGGAGGAGGCCCAGCGCAAGCUUCUAGAAGCUCCCAAUCCGGAUUCUCUUUCCGUAGAGUUGACGGUACAAAAUCAAGAGCUGAAGAAGCGACUUUCUGAGUUGCAGAUGAAGUUUAACGAGAUCCAACAGAAUUACGACUGUCUAUCUAACCAAUUGGUGGAAAGCAUCCAAGAGGGCGAUGUACUCCGAGAGGAGCUUAAGCAACGAACGACAAGCUUCGAUGUGGAGUCCAUGAAGAGUUCGGGUGUGGGCACCGAGUGCAGUGAUCCGGAAAACGACUUGGACAGUGAUCUGCUGCAGCAAUUUACCAAGCUGUCGGAGUCCAUCCAAGAGAUUGAGUUCGUCGACUACUCCGGUGGCAGGCGCCUCUUUACAUCCAACCAAGCGGAGCAGGAUCAGGGCGUGGAAAGCUUUAAACUUUGCCUCGAGCGUGCUGAGUUCAUAGAGGGUGAUGGCAAACAGCAGGAUGCAUCCGACUCGGUACUCCUUAAAGGCUCUCUGAAGCGUCAAAGAUUUCAGAUUGUGAAAAUAAAUCAGAAACAGAAUGGUACGAAAGAGGAGGACCAAAUGCAGGAUGUAGUUUUCCAGUUGGAGCAAGAAGUUGAAAGGAAAAAUAAUCUUUUUGAGGAAGAGAAAGCCAUUGUUAAUACAUUGCGUGUACAAAUAACCAGCCUAGAGGCGGCUCUUCUUAAAAACAGCGAGAAAGUGAAAAGGAUUGAUGACUACGAAAUGCAAAUCGAAACUUUAAAGAAGCAAAAUGCUGAGAUAAAGAUAUUGUACGAGGAGUUACGGAGUAAAGAUGCCGCUAAGGAGGAGCAGGAAUCGCAGGAAGUCGUUAAUCUUAAGACAUCACUUGCAGAGUUGAGGAACAAGGUGUGUAAUCUGCAGACAGAGCUCAAAGACCAGUUGGAGCAGAUGCAGCUGAAGGACGGAAAAAUAUCCGAGCUGCAAACGGAUAUUGGAGAAAUGAGCGAGCAGUACUCAUCCAUGGAGCUGAAGCUUACAAAGUUGGAGGAGGACGCCAAUUGCCAGGCGCAGGCGUCAUCAGAUGAUCAUCAACUGGAGUACCGCAGCAUCACAGCUCAUGAAUCUCUAAAACUGGAGACGCCAAUCCAGGAGCAAACCACUCUUACCUUCGAAUAUGAAAGCCGAAUCGAGCAACUUGAAGAAUCAUUAGAAAGGGCACAAGAGGAACUAAGUACUCUGGAGAAGCGAAAGACAGAUGAGAUUAACAGCCUUCAGCUGGAGUACAUGGUGAAAAUUGAGACGAGCGAGAUUGUAAACCGCUCCAAAUUCCGAGCGUACUGCCUGGAGUUGGAGGAAAACAAGGAACGGUAUGACAGCAGUGUGAAAACUUUGGAGGAGCAACUACUGCAGGCCAGUGCAAAGCUCGACAGUGUAACCACUCAGUGUCAGGCGGAAUUGGAAGCCAUUAAAGGAUCUCUUCAAGAAAAGAUUACUCAGGUCGAGCGGGAAAGGAAUGAAUUGGUUGCCCUACACAAGGCAGAGCUGGAAAAAAUCAGGGAAACGGUAAAGGAGAAGGAAUCUGCUUACAAGGAGAAACUAAGCCAAGCGCUGGAGGAGCGGGAAAAGGGAAUUUGUAGGCUUGAGGCGAUGCGAAACACAAUUGCAGAACUGCUUAAAACCAAAUCUGAUCAGAAUUUGGAGUUCGAGGGACUGCAAAUGGAAAAGCGCCAACUUGAGAAGCUGUACGACGAAAGCCUGUUGCAGGUGGAACAACUCCAACGCACUGUCGACCAGAAAAGUUCGGAGGCACAGGCAGUUGUUGAGGAACCCAAUUCGCCGCAGAAUUAUUGUGAUGAGCAUGUUCGGGAUUUGGAACUGUUGAGGUGGGAGAAAACAGAACUGCUAUCGGAGAUCCAGAAAGUCCAUACACAGCACUCGAAGACCCUCAAAAAACUCGAGGAAAUCGAAGCGGAAAUGAUUACCCUGACCAGUCAGAAGGAGUUGGAUAGGUGUGAGAUUGAAGAAAAGCUCGACACUUUCAAGUCCAAGGAAGCAGAUCUCACAGAAGCGCUACACUGUGCCCAGCUCAAGUUGCAUGCCCACGAUGAGCUGGUGCGCCAGCACGAGCGGCUAAAAGUCUGUCUUUCGGAUUCAACCGAGUUGUCGGCAAACCUGCAGAAGAAAAUGGAGCGUUUGCAUUCUGAACUGCUUGCUUCACAGGAAGGGAUUUCUAGCCAAGAUUCAGAGAUUGAGAAGCUUCGCUCUGAGCUUAAGCACGCCCUUGAUGCAAAUACAACUGCAAGGACGGCACAGCAAGGUUUGGAAAGUCAGCUAAAGGAAGUAGAGGAGACUAUAUCUGUCCAGGCAGGUCAGUUCGAACGAGAGAUCGCAGAUCUUAAAGGUUCAGUAGACGAGCUGCAGCUUAAACUGAAAUCUCUGCAAGAAGCUAAAGACAAUCUAGAGUCUGGGAAUGAAGAGCUUAAAGGCAAGCUAAAAGAAGCUCAGGAUCUGCAGAACAUAGUGGAUGAUGAGCGAAAACUUAAUGCCUCUCUACAAGAUGAUUUGGGCAAACUGGAACACAUAAAAACCGAUCUGGAAGAGCAGCUACGAGCCAAGAAAGAAGAAUUCGAACGGCGAUCCAAUGAGCUUUCCUUGCUUGGUCGAGAUAAAAUUGGGGAACUGACCAAGGAGUGCGAAAAUCUUCGGUCCGAUUUGGAAGCUCAAACUAAUAAUUUUCUGAAAGAAAAAGAAACUUUGAACUUGACCAUAUCCGAUCUGAAAAGGAAUAACCAGCAACUGGAGGAACAGCUGACCAUUCUUAGUGAGAAGGAUAACAGCAAUUCGCGGCUUGAAACGGAAUUCGCAUCGCUGCUAGAAUCCUCGAAGAAAAUGCAAUCAGACAUCAAAGCAGCCAAUAAAUUAAAUCUCGAAAUGGAGAAAAAGGUUCGCGACCUCACAAAGGAGUGUGAGACCUUACGAUCCGAUCUGCAAUCCAAAGAUGAAGCAAUGCAAACGCAGAAGGAACUCUUGGAUAACUCAAUUUCUAAUCUAAAGAAGAAACAUCGCAAGUCUGAGGAAAAGUUAACUACGCUGAACGAGGACUGUGAAAAGUUAACUACGCUGAACAAGGCUCUGAACGGGGACUGUGAAAAGCUCCGUUUAACUUUGAAAUCAAAGGAAAGCGAUUUGAGAAAGAACCAAAAAGAGUUAGAUGAAAAACUGGCAAUUCUUAAUGAAAAGAAUGCGAACAAUGACCGACUUGUGGCCCAGUUGACGUCCAAUGAAGCCGUCUUUCAAUCACUGCGAGAGGACUCGAUUAAGCAAAAUGAAAAACGGCUCGAGAUGGAAGAGAAGGUUGAUAAACUCACGAGGGAGUACGAAAAGCUACGAUCAACGCUGAAAACCAGGGAAAUCAGUUUUCUAUCCGAGAAGGAGCGCAUGGACGGCACCAUCUCUAGUCUGUCGGAAGGCAAGCGUGAUCUUGAGGAAAAGUUGUACUCUGUCACCGAAGUCUUGACUAAGCUUCAGCAUGAACUGGCGGCGGAACAGGCGCAUAAAGUGGACGCCGGCGAUUGGUCCUUUGAGAGGAAUGGAUCGCCAACUUCUGCCGCUGUUUCGGCAACAAAGAAGCCUGUGGAUCGCCAUUUUGCUGGCAGCGUGCCAAGGAAAUCCCUCAGUUUCGAGACUGCGGUGCGGAAGAAUCGACGGAUGACGGCCUACGAUGAGCACCGCAAGCAGUCUUGCUGGAAUGAAUUUCGUGACUGCGGAACUAUGACCGAUCCCGUGGAUAGCAAUUGCCACUGAGCGCAGCUGAGCUGCAAACAAAGACUGAGUUCGGACAGGAGGCAAGACAUUGAGUUAAAAGAUACGAAACCGAUGGGAAGACACAAAAAUUAAUCAGAAUUAAUGUUAUCCAAGUAUUAAGGAUUUUUUUUGUUAAAUGUUAUCUUGCUAAGGGUGGAAUUCUACAUUUAUAGUUUUCUAUUUUUAUUUAUGCCCUAAGUAUUUGUCAAUUAUUAUCAAAACACAAAUUGCAAAAACAAACGUGAUCCAAAUAUUCAAAAUUAAUUGCUUAGUUUAAUAGUUAAAUUCGAUUAAGUAAUGUGUCCUGAUUAAUAUGUUUA